GGUGGGUGGAGAGCUGGAGAGCCCCGGAGCUGAAGCUUGGGUGAAGGCCAUGUCACCUCCUGGGAAAGGACCCCGGAAGGAAAACCUGGGGCUCCAGUGUGAGUGGGGGUCCUGUUCCUUUGUGUGCUCAGCCAUGGAAGAGUUCUGUGAGCACGUCACUCAGCACCUACAGCAUAUGCGUGGGCCUAGGGAGGAGGAGGAAAAGGAGGAGGACGAUGACCCACUUGAGGAAGAAUUCUCCUGCUCAUGGCAAGAAUGUGGCUUUUGCUCUCUGGACAGCUCUGCUGACCUCAUCCGCCAUGUCUACUUCCACUGCUACCACACCAAGCUGAAGCAGUGGGUACAGGCCUUGCAAAGUCAGGCUGACCUAAGCCCCUGCAUCCUGGACUUCCAGAGCCGGAAUGUCAUCCCUGACAUCCCUGACCACUUCCUGUGUCUGUGGGAACACUGUGAGAGCUCCUUCGACAAUCCCGAGUGGUUCUAUCGGCACGUGGAAGCACACAGUCUGUGCUGUGAAUACCAAACGGUCGGCAAGGACAACCAUGUGGUGCUGUGUGACUGGAAAGGCUGUACCUGCACCUUCAAGGACCGCUACAAGCUUCGAGAGCACCUCCGCAGCCACACCCAGGAGAAGGUGGUGGCCUGUCCCACCUGCGGGGGCAUGUUUGCCAACAACACCAAGUUCUUUGAUCACAUCCGGCGCCAGACCUCAUUGGAUCAGCAGCGUUUCCAGUGUUCUCACUGUUCCAAGAGAUUUGCCACGGAGCGGCUACUGCGAGACCACAUGCGCAAUCAUGUGAAUCACUAUAAAUGCCCUCUGUGUGACAUGACUUGCCCGCUGCCUUCCUCCCUACGCAACCACAUGCGUUUUCGCCACAGCGAGGACCGGCCCUUUAAAUGUGACUGUUGUGACUACAGCUGCAAGAAUCUGAUUGACCUCCGGAAGCACCUGGACACCCACAGCAAGGAGUCAGCCUACAGGUGUGAUUUUGAAAACUGCAGCUUCAGUGCUCGGUCGAUGAGCUCCAUCAAGUCCCAUUACCGCAAAGUGCAUGAAGGAGACUCAGAGCCAAGGUACAAAUGUCAUGUGUGUGACAAAUGCUUCACACGUGGCAACAACCUCACUGUGCACCUUCGCAAGAAGCACCAGUUCAAGUGGCCCUCAGGACACCCCCGUUUUCGGUACAAGGAGCAUGAAGAUGGCUACAUGCGACUGCAACUGGUUCGCUAUGAGAGUGUGGAGCUGACACAGCAGCUGCUGCGGCAGCCACAGGAGGGAUCAGAGCUGGGAGUGACACUGAAUGAGAGCAGCCUGCAGGGCAUCAUUCUAGAAACAGUGCUGGGGGAACAAGGACCUGAGGAAGAGGCAGAAGAGGAGGAUGAGGGUGCUGAGGGACCAGCCCUCUCAGCCUCUCAGGAGAACCCCAGCCCUGUCAUCCACAUGGUGAAUCAGACCAAUGCCCAAGGCCAGCGAGAGAUUGUCUACUAUGUGCUGUCUGAAGCCCCAGGAGAGCCUCCCCCAGCCACUGAGGAGCCGGAGGUUCAGACUGUGUGAAGGCUGCAGAACCUGACCGUUCCUACCCCAGGCCUCGGGGCUUGAGCCAGGCAGGUGGCAGUGCCCCUAGUGGGCAGGCAGCCCUUGACAUUUGAUGCCUUCAGGAGUGGUGCUGAGAGCAGUGUGGUCCCCUCUAACCCAAGCUUGCAUCAUUCUACACACUCUGAGAGCUUCCCUUUUUGCCACAUUGGAUUUUAUGGGGAUCCUGAAUGUGUAUUUUUGUUACAGGGUGCUGUUACCAAGCUUAAACAUAACCCUCUUGACGUGCUAGACAGUGAUUAAAUCCCUAGUCAACUCACAUUCAUUCCCAUCCUUCAGGGGUCUGUAGGUCCAGGGAUGAUGAGUGACUGGUCUCUACAAGGGCCCUUUCCACACACCAGCUAAGGCAUUGAGAAUUAAGUGACUAUUUCUCUCUUAAGGGUUUUUCUUACACCCUAUGAACAAUUGUGGUUAUCCUCAGGGACAGGGUUGGAGGCACUGCGUGUGCGUGUGUGUGUGUGUGUGUGUGUGAAUUGUGUUUGGUAAUAAAGAAACGGGGUAUCACUCAUUUCUUCCUGUUUAUGUAUGGUGGCAGUUACUUAGAAAACAAGGAGAUAAAGCUGCCCAGAGGAGGAGCUGAAUAAUCAGACUUCUUACCCUUUUAAUGCCGGUCAUGGUGUUCUCUGUUAGUGGAACUUGUCCAUUUCUUCUAGAAGAUCUGCCAGCUGCCUGGAGGCCCCAGGCAUUUAGCCAUGAAUGGAGAAUGGGGCUCAUCCAGGA